CAGUCCCCGUGUCCCCCAUUCCCAGAAAGCUGCAAAGGCCGGUUCAAGUUUUGGAGGGUUCGGCCGGGUGGUCUCGGGGCUUCGCUGACUCGACAAGGAAGCUCUUCGAAGUCGCCGCGUCUGUUGCAGGGUGCAGGGGGCCAAGUUAGGGAGCGUCUCUAGCUAAGGCUGCCAACCUCCCACUGCCCGAAUAAGGGACCCGAGGCCGGGACUGCGCGGGACUGGAGUUGGGAGCCUGAGUGCUGCUCACAAUGCAGAGAGCAUCAAGAUUGAAAAGGGAGCUGCAUCUGCUGUCCACACAGCCACCACCGGGUAUCACUUGCUGGCAGACUGGAAGUUGCUUAGAUGAACUUCAAGCUCAAAUCCUUGGUUUUGCAAAUACACCAUAUGAAAAAGGAAUUUUUGACUUGGAAAUAGUUGUGCCUGAAAGGUAUCCAUUUGAGCCUCCAAAGAUGCGCUUCCUGACUCCCAUCUACCAUCCCAAUAUUGAUUCUGCUGGAAGAAUUUGCCUAGAUGUUCUUCGAUUGCCACCUAAAGGCUCAUGGAGGCCAUCCUUGAAUAUUGCCACUUUGCUGACCUCCAUACAGAUGCUUAUGAAUGAGCCCAACCCUGAUGACCCUCUCAUGGCUGACAUAUCCUCUGAGUAUAAAUACAACAAACAAGCAUUCCUCAGAAAUGCCAGACAAUGGACAGAAAAGUAUGCAAGCCAGACAACAAUGGCUUCAGAAACCCCAGAUGAAGAGAACCACCAAAGUGCAGUCAACCCACCUAAAGACUCCAACAAUUCCAAGAAAAGGAAAGGAAGUAGUACCAGUGGGUUGUCAAAAAAACCUUGCUUAGAAACAUAGAGAGAUUACUUCUAUGUUAGAUCCCAGUCUCUGUCAAUGUUUGUCUUAGUUUUACUUUCCAUUCUUAUGGGCUUAACACAUGUACAUAAUGUGUAAACAAUAUAUUAAUAGAUGCCUUUCCAGUUCUCAUAACAUCCAGUGUGGCAUAUCCCUGUCUUUUUUUUAAAAAGGUUUUACUUCAAUAUAAUUCUUCUCUUCUCAUUUGCUCAAUUUUGUACAUCUGUUUUUUGUAUGUUUUGAAUGAGGACAGAAAUGUGAGAAUAAAAAAUAUUUGAUCUUG